AUGAGGUGGAUCGGGUUCCUCAGCCUGGUGGCCCUCUCCGAGUGCCUGGUCACCAUCCCUCUGACCAAGAUCAAGUCCAUGCGGGAGAGCCUGCGGGAGAAGGACCUGCUGACAGACUACCUCCAGCGGCACCCCUACAGCCACGCCUACAGGUUCCUGAGCGGGGAGGGCGUCACUGUGCACCCCAUGAGGAACUUCCUGGACCUGUACUACGUUGGCACCAUCAGCAUUGGAACGCCCCCUCAGGAGUUCAAGGUCAUCUUUGACACGGGCUCAGCUGACUUGUUGGUGCCCUCCAUCUACUGCUCCAGUCCUAUCUGUGUGACACACAGAACCUUUGACCCUCGAGCAUCGUCCACCUUCCAGAGUACGGACCAGCCCAUUGAGCUGCCGUACGGGUCGGGCAAAGUGACCGGGCGGCUGGGCUACGACGAUGUGCGGAUUGGGGACCUUGUGUGCAAAUCCCAAGCAUUUGGCCUGAGCUGGUUGGAGUUAAGCCUGUCCUUGGAAUUCACGGCCUACGACGGCAUCCUGGGCCUGGCCUACCCCGCCCUCGCCCUCAGAAACACCACCCCGGUCUUCGACAGCAUGUGGAACCAAGGCCUCAUAUCUGAGAACCUCUUCGCCUUCUACCUGAGCAGUAACGAGAAGAACGGCAGCGUGGUGAUGUUCGGCGGCGUGGACCCCUCCUACUACCGGGGCGAGCUCCAGUGGGUGCCGGUGAGCGAGCAGGGCUACUGGCAGGUCACUGUGGACAGCAUCUCCAUGGAUAGCAAGGUCGUGGCCUGUGCUGACAGCUGCCAGGCCUUUAUGGAUACCGGGACCUCGCUGGUGAUUGGCCCAACCAACUCCGUCCUCAACAUUCUGAGGAACAUCAGCGCCCAGAACACCAGCACCAGUUGGUAUGUCGUCAGCUGUGAGGCCAUCCACAGCCUGCCUGACAUCGUCUUCACCAUCAAUGGCGUCGCGUACCCAGUGCCAGCCAGCGCCUACAUCCGGAGGGAGCAGACGGGCAUCUGCUACCCCAACUUGGACACCGACACCUCGGACAGCUCCAGCCUCUGGGUCCUGGGGGACGCCUUCCUGCGGCUCUAUUUCACCGUCUUCGAUCGGGCCAACAACAGGAUCGGCUUGGCUCCUGUGAUCGCAUAGACGUGGGCGCCGCUCCUGGAGGCCUCCGGCCCGCCCCAAGGACUCACACACUCCCUGCGUCCCCGCCCAGGGGACCCGCUACAGCUGCGUCUGGGGCUUUGCCAAGCCCUCUUCUCAGUGGAAAAGGAAGGA